AUGCGCUUUACGACAAACACCGCCCGUAAGGGUGCAUUGCUUGCACUCAUUGCGAGAGCCGGAGCUGCACCGACAACGACAAUUUCUGUGGCAGGAAAAGCGGGUGCAAGCAGUGCAUAUGUGUACCCUCCCGCUGGCACCGAGGUCAACUCUCAACUCUUCCCACCAGAGUCCGUAGUAGGCUUCCCUGGCCGAGUCGAGCCUAAUGCCAUCCAAACAGCACCAUCGUAUCCCUACAACGAUGGCGAUGCAUCUUCGUAUCCUCUUAUCAAGCCUCAGCCGCAUGGCAGUGGUUCACAGUCGCCAAAUUUUGACAUCACAAAGUACUGGGGCAACUUGAGUCCCUGGUAUUCUGUUCGCAGUGCAGAUUACGGCCUUCCCAAUGCUAGUCCUCUGGUCCCGGAUGGCUGCGACAUUACGCAAAUGCAUCUGCUAUACCGUCACGGUGCUAGGUACCCGACCAGUGGUGCCGCGCCUGCGACUCUUGCUCAGAAGAUUGCCAAUGCUACGAAGACCGGUCUUGCAGUCUCUGGAGAGCUUUCUUUCUUAAGCGACUGGACGUAUAAGUUGGGUGCUGAGCUUCUUACGCCAUCUGGUCGCAGCAUGAACUUCCUGUUGGGUAUUGAGUAUCGUGAGUUGUACGGACAUCUACUCAACAACUUCACGGAAGCUGGUACUAUCCCGGUCUUCCGAACACAGUCUCAAGAUCGAAUGGUCAAGACUGCAGAGAACUUUGCUGCCGGCUUCUUUGGCGUGCCCGAGUACAUGGACGAAGUUAGCAUCGAAUUGCUCGUCGAGACUCCGGGUGUCAACAACUCCGGUGCACCCUACGAAAUCUGUAACAACUCAAACAUCGCCACUCGAGGAAGCAUUGGUAGUCAUGUAGCGGCACAAUUUGCGAAUAACGCUUUCAAUGCCACUAUCGCUCGUCUCCAGUCGCAGGUUAUCGGCAUCAACUUCACUUCCACCGACGCCAUCGCUAUGCUCCAGCUUUGCUCAUACGAGACGCAUGCGCUCGGCUACUCCGCCUUCUGCAAUCUCUUCAACGAGGAGGACUUCCUGAACUACGAGUACUACUUCGAUCUCUCCUUCUACUACAACAACGGCCCUGGCUCGCCUGUGUCGGCCGCGCAAGGCAAGGGUUUCCUGGACGAGUUCAUCGCUCGCUUCACUCAUCAGUACCCUGGGGCGAACUCUGCAUUGAACGAGACGUUUGACAACUCCUCAACAUACUUUUCGCUCAAUCAGUCCAUCUACGCAGACGCCACUCACGAAGUCGUUGUCCUCGAUACACUCACCGCUUUCAAUCUGACAGCGCUGUUCAAGGGCCCGCCACUGAGUCCUCAGGGUAACCAAGGUCAAAACAGCUUCGUUGCCAGCAAAUUGGUACCAUUCGCAACACACUUCACUACCCAAGUGCUUUCUUGCCCAGCUAUGCAGCCAUCCAAGCAGAUCCGCUUCAUUGUCAACGACGCUGUCAUUCCAAUUGACGAGUCGCACCCGGGCUGCCCAGCUAACCCCGACGGUCUUUGUUCGUUCGACAACGUAGUUGAGGUUUUGCAGAAGCGUAGUGCGGAGAUUAAUUUUGACUACGACUGCUUUGCAAACUAUACGGCUGCCCCUGGACAAGACUACAACGGGAGGGCACCAAGAUCUUAG